AUGCCAAAAAUCAGUAAAAAAAUUUAUCUAAUUGCCAAAACCGGAACUAACCGUCCACUAUCCAUAAUAUCUUUAAAGCCUAAAAUAACUAUUCAAGAUUCAGAAGUACAAAAUUGUGAAUCAAGUAGUAGUAGUCAAAAUCAGAGUUAUAUUAAUUCGGCUGAAAGCAAUUCACUUUCGUCUGAGCUUUCGUCUUUGGCAACAAAUUCAUUCCGCGGUCAUUUUGCUACAAUUUCUGAAGGUUCUAUUUCUGAUGGUUCUAUUUCUGAUUUGGACUCCUUUCAUUAUUCAUCUGGAUCUGAGGAUGAUCACUUAGACAGUACUGCUAAUACUUCUACUGCAUUCGAGUCUGCAUCUUGUUCUAGUCACAAUGAUGAGGUACCUGACGUUUCUCUUUCACAAUCAUUGGCAAAGUGGGCUUUUGAUAAUAGAAUUACACACACAGCUAUAAAUCAGCUUCUUAAUAUUUUAAAAUCCCCUCAUGACGAUCCUAAGCUUCUUCCUGGAGAUGCUCGAACAUUGCUCAAUACACCCAAAAGUAUAAUUACCAAGCAUGUUCUGCCUGAAUAUUAUUACCACUUUGGUUUGAAAAAAUGCAUCUUAAAUCUUCUGAUACAACAUCCUUCUGUUCGUAAUAUUGAUACAAUCGAACUUUUCAUUAACAUAGAUGGAUUACCUCUCGCCAAAAGCUCGCAGAGUCAAGUAUAUCCAAUACUCUUUUGUCUAGUGGAUAAUCAAACCUGUGUAGAUAUGAUUGGAAUAUAUCAUGGUUAUGAGAAGCCAAAAUCGGCAAAUAAUUUUUUAGAAGAUUUUGUGAAGGAGGUAAUACAAAUAUAUACUGAGAGAAUUGAGUUUAAAAACAAAAUAUAUCCGAUUAAAAUUGAAAGUUUCAUUUGUGAUGUUCCUGCAAAAUGUUUCGUUACCCAUACAAAAGGCCAUUCUGGUUACUACUCCUGUUGA